AUGCUGCUGACUCUGAGGAGAGAGAACGAGGAGGACGGAGAGGACAUGCUGCUGACUGCGAGGUUCGUGCAGGAGAGAGGGAGGCCAGAAGGGAAAGAGAAGAGAGCUCGUUUUUCCAUACCCCUUCUUUUCUCACCACCCGAACCCCAGCCAUUGUUGGAGCCCCCUCCGUCCAAGUUUAGAUUGGAGCCCAACGGGCAUCAGAUGCUGCUGACGCUGAGAAGGGAGAGCGAGGAGGACGGAGAGGACAUGCUGCUGACUGCGAGGUUCGUGCAGGAGAGGGAGCUGAGAGGGGGAGCAGAAGAGGAGGAGGAGGAGGAGGAGGAGGAGGAGGAGGAGGAGGAGGAGGAGGAGGAGGAAGGGGGAGAAGGGGAGGGGGGAGUGAGGGGGUUGAGUGAGGAGGAGAGGAAGAGGAGGAGGUGGCAGAAGCGGGGGAGGGUGGAGGGUGUUAAGAUGGACGAUCUGGUGUCGGGGCAGUGGAAGGAGAAGCUUAUGGAGGGGUUGGACACGGACGAACGGACAGAGAUUGAGGUGCGCUCGUGA